UUCUAACUAAUGACAUUUGACGUAUUACGAACCGGAUACAUUUAAGUUGUCAUUAUUCAACCAUUUCUCUUUUUUGACACCAAUUGAGAAAGAUACAAAACAUGGCGGACGCAGCUCCAGCCGGUGCACGUGGCGGAUUUCGCGGAGGUUUCGGUGGCGGCGGUCGCGGAGGCGGCCGUGGAGGCCCCAGGGGACGUGGUAGAGGUCGCGGUAGAGGCCGCGGGCGCGGCAAGGAAGACCAAAAGGAAUGGAUUCCCGUCACCAAACUAGGACGUUUGGUCAAAGACGGCAAAAUCCGUUCCCUCGAAGAGAUCUACCUGUUCUCUUUGCCCAUUAAAGAGUUCGAAAUCAUCGAUCAUUUCAUUGGACCUGAUCUUAACGAUGAGGUUUUGAAAAUUAUGCCGGUACAGAAACAAACCAGAGCCGGUCAAAGGACCCGUUUCAAGGCCUUCGUAGCCAUUGGAGACAGCAAGGGUCACAUUGGUUUGGGGGUAAAGUGCAGCAAAGAAGUCGCUACUGCUAUUCGAGGCGCCAUCAUUUUGGCUAAAUUGUCUGUCGUGCCUGUUCGUAGAGGUUACUGGGGUAACAAAAUUGGUCAACCUCACACCGUACCUUGCAAGGUAACUGGCAAGUGUGGUUCCGUAACUGUGAGACUCAUUCCCGCACCUCGUGGUACCGGUAUUGUAUCUGCUCCGGUACCUAAAAAGCUACUGCAAAUGGCUGGUAUCGAAGAUUGUUACACAUCUGCUAGAGGUUCGACUGGUACUUUGGGUAACUUUGCCAAGGCUACUUACGCGGCCAUUGCCAAAACAUACGCUUACCUGACACCCGAUUUGUGGAAGGAAAUGCCUUUGGCUAAAACUCCUUACCAAGAGUUUGCCGAUUAUUUGGCGAAGAACCACCGAGUGGUCACUGGACCGUCCCGUGCUGAUCUUUAAUUUAAUUGUCUUUUGAUAAUAAAUAUUGACGAGGAGCCA